ACCAUGGUUACACUAAAUGGUACCACUGUCGAUACCGGGGAGCCAUCUACUGCCAUUGCUUCAGAAAUAUCCAGGUCUACGGUCACAAAUGGUAGCACCCCUAAUGUUACAACAUUAGAAAAUACACGAUCUAAGGUCAAAAAUGGAAGCUCCGCUGCUGUCGAAACAUCAGAGAUGUCCAAAUCUUCCGUCAUAAAUUAUAUGUGGAUAUAUUUUGCUGGAGGUGCUGGGUUGCUCAUUAUAGCCUUCAUCGUCGUCCUCGUCAUUGUUAUCAUCCUUUUAAUAAGAAUACGCCGGGAAGUGACCAAACAAACCACAGAGAACAUACCUUUAGACACACGGAGACAUGACCACACAGAUAUUGCAUUGACAUCAAAUCAAAACGAAACCAGUAGUCAUGCCAUGUGUAGCAAUAGGAACCAAUAUGAAAGUGUUGAGUCUGUCAGGUUUAACCCUGUGCCUCGUUGUAGUGGUACUAACAUGUUUGGUACAAGACGUGACGGAAGUAAAGUGUUAGCAAAGGUGCACUCCUGUAGCGACCUGACAGGAAGUCAUCACUACAGCGAUGUCUCAAACCCUCGCGACGUUCAAGCUCCCCAUAAAGAUUUUGAUACACAAACGCGUAGCAGACGAUUAAGUCACGAUGAACAGACAGGUCAAAGUGGCAUGGCUAGAGGUGACACCUCGGACAGUAACGGGAAUGGAAAUUUUAACAAUUUACAUCCGACACUUUCUAGAAACACUCGACAAACUGAUGACUUCAAUAUCCAUGCAUUUGAGAGUUCUACUGACGGAUGGUACCAAAAACUUCCCAAACCAGGACACAAGUACAGGGUUCAAGAUACAAGUUCCUAUGACAGAUGCCCCGGUUUAUCAUUCGAUAAAGGGUCAAAGGGCAACGGAAAUGACUCGUAAUUCAUAUUUUGAUACACAGAUACAACUAUUAUGUUCAUAUCUUCGUAAAUAAACUGAUUGUUUUUAGUUACUAUGUAA